AUGAGUAACAACCACCGUCAACGGACAGCGCCGCUGUCGGGGCAUUCCGGUCCACCACUGCAAUACUCAGACGCAGAAGAUGUGUACAACAUAAUUCCGAUUCACAAUUUGCUAGACGACCACCCCUCCCUCCGUUAUCCGGAGGUUCGAGCCGCUGCUGCCUCUCUCCGUGCUGUUGGGGACCUCCGGCGGCCGCCUUUCUCCCUAUGGCAGCCCCAGUACGACCUUCUCGACUGGCUUGCACUGUUCUUUGGGUUUCAAUCCUCCAAUGUAAGGAACCAGCGGGAACACAUAGUUCUUCAUCUGUCUAAUGCUCAGAUGCGGCUCUCUCCUCCUCCGGAUAGCAUUGAUACUCUCGAUCCAUCUGUUCUCCGGCGCUUCCGCCGCCACCUCCUGAAGAACUACUCCAGUUGGUGCUCUUACCUUAACCUCAAGUCCAACAUCUGGCUUUCGGACUCCCAUUCACGCCACUCCUCCUCAGAUCACCGCCGCGAGCUUUUAUACGUGUCUCUUUAUUUACUUAUUUGGGGCGAGUCGGCGAAUAUACGCUUUGUUCCGGAAUGUAUUUGUUAUAUUUUUCAUAACAUGGCUAUGGAAUUGAAUAAGAUACUGGAGGAUUAUAUCGAUGAGAACACCGGGAGGCCAUUUUUGCCAUCUUUUUCUGGAGAAAAUGCGUUUUUAAAUAAAGUUGUGAAGCCUAUAUAUGAUACUAUUAAAGCUGAGGUGGAUAAUAGUAGGAAUGGCACUGCACCGCACUCCGCUUGGCGGAAUUAUGAUGAUAUAAACGAGUAUUUUUGGAGUAAGAGGUGUUUUGAGAAGCUGAAAUGGCCGAUUGAUGUUGGGAGUAAUUUUUUUGUUACAGGGAUGGGGAAGAAAGUGGGAAAGACAGGGUUUGUUGAGACGAGGUCAUUUUGGAAUUUGUUUAGGAGUUUCGAUAAGUUGUGGAUUAUGUUGAUUCUAUUUCUUCAGGCUUCGAUAUUUGUGGCAUGGGAGAGGAGAGAGUAUCCGUGGCAGGCAUUGGAGAAUAGGGAGGUUCAGGUCAAAUGCUUGACUGUAUUUAUCACUUGGAGCACACUGAGGUUCUUGCAGUCGUUGUUGGAUGCUGGAAUGCAAUAUAGUUUGGUUUCGAGGGAGACAAAGUCAUUGGGGGUGAGGAUGUUCUUAAAAUGUGUGGUUGCAGCUGCUUGGAUUUUGGUGUUCGGGGUGUUCUACGGAAGGAUUUGGAGCCAGAGGAAUCAGGAUCGAUCUUGGUCUCGCUCUGCCAAUAGGAGAGUUGUGAAUUUUCUUGAGGUUGCAUUGGCUUUUCUUGCUCCAGAAAUUCUGGCCCUGGCUUUAUUUGUCCUGCCAUGGAUUAGGAACUUUCUGGAGAAUACGAAUUGGAAGAUCUUUUAUUUGUUGUCAUGGUGGUUUCAAAGCAGGACUUUUGUGGGUAGGGGGCUUAGGGAAGGUCUUGUAGACAAUAUUAAGUAUUCACUGUUCUGGGUGGUUGUGCUUGCAACAAAAUUCACCUUCAGUUACUUCAUGCAAAUUAAGCCCAUGAUUGCUCCCACUAAGACAUUAUUGGAUCUGAAGGAUGUUAAUUAUGAAUGGCACGAGUUCUUUGACCACAGCAAUCGGUUUGCAGUGGGGCUAUUGUGGCUUCCAGUUGUUUUGAUUUACCUCAUGGAUCUGCAGAUUUGGUAUGCAAUUUACUCUUCACUUGUUGGUGCUGGGGUUGGGUUGUUUGAUCACUUGGGUGAGAUCCGGAAUAUGCAGCAGUUGAGGUUGAGGUUUCAGUUCUUUGCUAGUGCUAUUCAGUUUAAUCUGAUGCCCGAGGAGCAGCUUCUGAAUGCUAGGGGAACAUUUAGGAGUAAGAUCAAGGAUGCCAUCCGCCGGUUGAAGCUGAGGUAUGGGCUUGGCCGUCCCUUUAAAAAACUCGACUCAAAUCAGGUGGAGGCCUAUAAAUUUGCCUUGAUAUGGAAUGAAAUAAUUAUGACAUUCCGGGAGGAAGACAUUCUCUGUGACCGUGAAGUUGAGCUACUUGAGCUGCCUCAAAAUGACCGUGCAGACCCUAAAAGUAACUGGGAAAUUCAUGUGAUUCAGUGGCCAUGUUUGCUGCUCUGUAAUGAACUGCUGCUUGCUCUCAGUCAGGCAAAAGAGUUGGUUGAUGCUCCUGACAGGUGGCUUUGGUAUGAGAUCUGCAAGAAUGAGUACAGGCGAUGUGCGGUUAUUGAAGCUUACGAUAGUUUGAGGCAGUUCUUACUUGCAAUUGUCAAAUAUGACUCUGAGGAGUAUACCAUUGUCAGAACCUUCUUUCAAGAAAUUGAUCAGUGGGUUCAGCUGGAGAAAUUCACUAAAUACUACAACAUGACUGCACUCCACAAGAUGCAUGAGAAGUUGGUCCAUCUCCUCAAUUUAUUACUCAAGCCUAAUAUAGAUGUUGACAAGGUGGUGAAUGCUCUGCAGGCCCUUUAUGAGGCUGCUAUUAGAGAUUUCCUUAAAGAGCAGAGAAGCAACGACCAGCUGGAGGAGGAUGGUCUGGCUCCUCGAAGGACAGUUUCCAGUGCUGGAUUGCUUUUUGAGAAUGUUGUUGAGUUGCCAAGUUCAGAUAAUGAGAAUUUCUAUCGUCGGGUACGGCGGUUGCAUACCAUUCUUACAUCACGGGAUUCCAUGCACAGAGUUCCAGAAAAUCUUGAGGCUAGACGCCGAAUUGCUUUCUUCAGCAAUUCAUUGUUCAUGAACAUGCCUCAUGCUCCUCAAGUAGAGAAAAUGAGGGCCUUCAGCGUUUUGACUCCCUACUACAAUGAAGAAGUGUUAUACAGCAAGGAACAACUCCGAACUGAGAACGAAGAUGGGAUUUCUACCCUCUACUACUUGCAGACCAUCUAUGCUGAUGAGUGGAGGAACUUCUUGGAGAGGAUGCGCAGAGAAGGGAUGGCAAGUGAAAAAGAACUUUGGACAACUAGGUUGAGAGAACUUCGUCUAUGGGCAUCAUACAGAGGCCAGACACUCACCCGCACAGUGAGAGGAAUGAUGUACUACUAUCGAGCUCUUGAGGUGCUGGCUUUUCUGGAUUCUGCAUCUGAGAUGGACAUAAGGGAAGGAUCAAUGCAACUUGGUUCCAUGAGGCGUAAUGAUGGCAUGGAUGGUUUGAACUCAGCGAAGUCACCCUCCUCAAGAAGUUUGAACAGAGUAAAUUCUGUCAGUUUGCUGUUCAAAGGCCACGAACCUGGGACUGCGUUGAUGAAAUUUACUUAUGUUGUUGCAUGUCAGAUUUAUGGUUCACAGAAGGCCAAAAAGGAUCCCCAUGCCGAGGAGAUUUUUAAUCUUAUGAAGAAUAACGAAGCUCUUCGUGUUGCCUAUGUUGAUGAGGUGUCGUCUGCGAGGGAUGAGAAAGAGUAUUACUCUGUUCUGGUGAAGUAUGACCAGAAGUUGGAAAGAGAAGUUGAGAUCUAUCGGGUCAAGUUGCCUGGCCCAUUGAAGCUUGGAGAGGGGAAACCGGAGAAUCAGAAUCAUGCCAUUAUCUUCACGAGGGGAGAUGCAGUUCAGACUAUUGACAUGAACCAGGAUAACUAUUUCGAGGAGGCACUAAAGAUGCGGAACCUUUUGGAGGAAUUCAGACACUAUUAUGGCAUCAGGAAACCUACUAUCUUGGGUGUCCGUGAGCACAUUUUUACAGGUUCUGUGUCAUCACUUGCUUGGUUCAUGUCUGCACAGGAAACAAGUUUUGUCACUUUGGGUCAACGUGUUUUAGCUAAUCCUCUAAAAAUCCAGAUGCAUAAUGGGCACCCUGAUGUGUUUGACAGGUUUUGGUUUUUGACUCGGGGAGGGAUAAGCAAGGCUUCCAGAGUGAUUAACAUCAGUGAAGAUAUUUUUGCCGGAUUCAAUUGCACAUUGAGAGGUGGAAAUGUCACUCAUCAUGAAUAUGUCCAAGUUGGCAAGGGAAGGGAUGUUGGGCUCAAUCAGAUUUCCAUGUUUGAAGCGAAGGUUGCCAGUGGGAAUGGUGAGCAAAUUCUUAGCCGAGAUGUCUACAGGUUGGGCAAUAGGCUGGAUUUCUUUAGAAUGCUCUCGUUCUUCUACACUACUGUGGGCUUUUUCUUCAAUACAAUGAUCAUUGUCCUCACUGUAUAUGCAUUUUUGUGGGGCCGGCUUUAUCUUGCAUUGAGUGGAAUAGAGAGUUCUGCGACAGCAGAUAAUGCUAAUGACAAUAAAGCACUUGCCACAAUCUUGAACCAGCAGUUUAUCAUCCAACUUGGUCUGUUUACUGCCUUGCCAAUGGUUGUGGAAAAUUCGCUUGAGCAUGGAUUCCUGAAUGCUAUAUGGGAAUUCAUAACAAUGCAGCUCCAGCUUUCUUCAGUAUUCUAUACGUUUUCCAUGGGAACCCGUGGCCAUUACUUUGGUAGAACUAUUCUUCAUGGUGGUGCAAAAUACCGUGCAACUGGUCGUGGUUUUGUCGUGCAGCACAAGAGUUUUGCUGAAAACUAUAGAUUAUAUGCCCGUAGUCACUUUGUGAAGGCUAUUGAGCUUGGACUAAUUCUCACCGUAUAUGCUUCCUACAGCCCUGUAGCUACAGGAACUUUUGUGUACAUAGCAUUGACCAUCACCAGUUGGUUUCUAGUAGUUUCCUGGAUAUUGGCCCCCUUCAUUUUUAAUCCUCUGGGGUUUGAUUGGUUAAAAGCUGUUCACGAUUUUGAUGAUUUUAUGAACUGGAUAUGGUACCAGGGUGGUGUGUUUGCAAAACCUGAACAGAGCUGGGAAAAGUGGUGGUAUGAAGAACAAGAUCAUUUAAGGACAACUGGUAUUUGGGGAAAGGUACUUGAAAUAAUUUUGGACCUCCGAUUCUUCUUUUUCCAGUAUGGGAUUGUGUAUCAGUUGGGCAUUGCGGCUGGAAGCAAAAGCAUUGCUGUUUACUUGCUUUCCUGGAUUUAUGUGGUUGUGGCUCUUGGAGUUAGUGUACUAUUAGCUAAUGCUCGGGACAAAUAUGCUGCGAAAGAGCACAUAUACUACCGCCUGGUUCAGUUCCUUGUUAUUAUUCUAGCAGGAAUUGUGAUUGCUGCUUUGCUGGAGUUUACAAGGUUCAAAUUUCUGGAUAUCUUCACGAGUUUAUUGGCUUUCAUUCCAACUGGGUGGGGAAUUAUUUUGAUUGCACAAGUCCUGCAGCCCUUCUUGGAGAAAACAGCUCUCUGGGAGACCAUUGUUUCUGAAAGAAACCUAAGGCUGAUUUGUGAGAUGAGGUUGACAGUUCCGUCAUGGAAAAGAUAUGAUGCAGAACAUCAAGGCUGUAAAUGUAUUUUGGUUUGUAGAGGUUCUAAUGUGGAUAUAUUGGCAUCAUCGUACUUUCUUUUCAUUGAUUCAGCAAAGAAGCAGAAGAUUCUGAUAUGUUUCAUCUUGCCAUCUGCUUCGUCUUUUCUAAUUGUUGGAAGUAGCCAAUUGUUUUCAUACUGCGUUUAG